CCUCGGGGCAGAGGCGGUGCGUCGCGUCGCUGCAACUGCACGGGAUGGCACUAAUUUUGAAAAUAUCAUAGUUCGAAAUGGAACGACGUGGUUACCAACCGUCGUUUGCCAGGCUUAGCUAACCUGAGUGUUGUGUUUAGGUUUAGUUUCGGUGUUUAAAAAGAUGUUGGAAUAGUUUGAAGCUUUUAGUAGUUACGUAUGUUAGUGCAGUGUGGCAGAACUGGCAGAACAUAACCUUGACAUGUUUCCCGCGCGAUAUUGCCUCUUGUUUUCAGUUGCACUUCAGUAAAAGCGAGAGCCUAAUAAUUAACAUCAACUUUCUCCUAAUAAACUGUAUAAAUACCAGUAAAUUGUAGAUUUAAGCAGUUAUGUGUGAAGUAGGUUUAAAUAUCGUAAUUCUAUAGCAGUAGAAUGUUGCAAAAUUAUAUGGAAAAAUGACAUUUUUGUGACCUAUUCUAAGAAGAAAGCGGUGCGGUGCUGUCAAAAUGCGAAUUUAUAAAGAAUACUACAUCGCUGUCAAAAUCAUCUUAAUCAUCACAAUAAAACUGACUGACUGCGACGUCGUCACCGAGACACCAAAUGGCAUUAUAACCGGAUUUCAAAGAGACUCGUACUCCAUAAAAGACAUACCAGAGCCAGAGAGCUUGCCCGUACUAACGGGUAACGACACUAGAUGUCGUAUCUCGGAGUAUCAAUGUACUAAUAAGAAAUGCAUACCGAUAAACCGAUUCUGCGACGGUAGUAACGACUGCGGGGAUUCGUCGGAUGAACCCAGGCACUGCACACGUUGCAACAAAACUUACUACGGGGACAUUGGUCGUACGUAUGAGUUGGAGCUCCACCGGCCGCGUGAGGAUCUUGUACCAUACGUGUGUCUUCUUACCAUCACAGCGCCUGGAGGCGUGCAUGGGGAUUUGGUUCAGGUGUUAUUCGACAGUUUCACUCUCGGUCGCUUCACAUCCUUCACAGAAGAUGGAUGUCCCGAUGGCUACAUGCAGAUCCAAGAGGCCAGUAGGCCACAAGUUGGUGGCUCCUGGUGCGGGACCUCGUGGGGUCCGUCCAUAUACUACAGCGAAACAAAAUCCAUUACGCUCAUUAUACGCUUACUACACUUAUCGAAAGAACAGAACAAUUACAAUUUUGAUUUCCGUAUGGCGUACAAAGUGUUAAGAAGAGAAUAUGCCACAGUACGAUUUGGAGGAACGCCUCCAUCAGAACGUCCUUUUUUCAAGCUUAGGCCUAUGCCUUAUCCCGUAAACAUAUCACGGGGUGAAGAUACGAACGUCGCUAGAACGACAAAAACCGAGUAUUACCUCGGAGAUUUGAUCUCCGGAACUUAUUGCUCGCGGAUUUUCAGCGACUGCGAUCGUAAAAACUGUAGGCUACAGUCGCCAAAUUUCCCAGGCGUUUAUCCCAGAAACUUGACCUGUUACUACGCCGUGCGACAACACGAAGUGCCUCAAGGAAAACACGCUUUAAUUGUGGUGAAACAGCCAAAUGGUCAGCUCGUCUCAAUUAGAAGUCAGAAGGCACUGUAUGCCGCGUCUCAACAAGAGCGUGGAAACAAUGGGCGGGAGCUGAAAGUCUGGGAACAAUGCGACGAAGUGCAAGACUAUGUUACCGUAUACGACGGUUAUACGACGAGAGAUCCUGUUAUUUUGAAGUUUUGUGGCGGCGGGGUCGCCGUCCCUGAAGCGAUAUCGAGCGGACCUGAAUUAUUAGUUGAAUUCACGACAUCACCUUUUGGAACUUUCUUGCAGCCGGCGACUUUGCAGUCAUUGCACGGAUUUCAGCUGGAAGUUGAGGUUAGAUUCGUCGAUCAACAGUCGCCGACAUAUGCUAAGAACAAAAGAGCUUGUGAAUUCUGGAUCAGAGGCACGGGGAGGGGGAUUUUGGAACACCCACAGCAUUCUCUGCCACCGAACACAACAUGUCUUUAUCAUAUGCAGGGAAUUGACACAUCUGGGCCGUCAGGGCGGAACCUUAUAUACAGAAGGCCUUCAUUUUCUGCCCCUAGAUUCAGAGUAUGGUUCUCCGUAUUAAAAUUCUACGUAAUUAAUGCGCUUAAUCCCAAUUUGCCCGAAGACGAGUACUGCGGCAGCCAUUUAAAUAUAUGGGAUGGUCCUAUGAGAAUAUCACCCGGAUGCAGCGAUAUUUUUUGCGACAAAGAGCGCUCAGUCCAAAUGUCCCGCGCGACAUCAGCUCAAUCAGUGAUUGUUGGUCGACCGCCCACAAAUGCCACGCUCAUCGCCCGCUUCUGCCGCGAGCGAGCACCCAGGACCUGUGAGCACGCCAUCUUGAGAAGAUCUAGGAUUUGCGCGCGCACAGAGAGCUUUCUGUCGAAAGGAGACUCGCUUACGUUGGAACUUAAGUUGACACAGGGAACGGCUCUGAAGCCAAUAUUCUUCAAAGCCCUGUACGAGUUCGUCGACCUACAUCAAGACGGUGAGCCUUGGGGUCGCGGCCCGUGUUCUAGAAGAUUUUCUUCCCGAUCCUUCCCUGAGGCACCCCCAGAUCCACCUGUCACGUUCUCCUCGCCUAGAGAUGUCUUCCUGUAUGGUCGCGGUGGCUCAAGAAAUAUAAGUUGCACCUAUCGUUUCGAGGCCAAUCCAGGCGAGGUGAUUCGGCUCCGGGUGUGGGGCGUCCGCAGUGGUGGUCGUCUUUGCCGCUCGGUCCAUUCCGCGCAUUCGCCCUGGUACCGUUGUGCAGGAGACCCGACUGCGGCGGUCAGGAUCUUUGACAGGCUGUGGAGGGACAGCGGGCCCGGGGUGCCAAGGGAUUGCUUGUGCAGUGACAUCAACGACUACGAAUUCACAUCGACCUCGACAAUCGCCGAGCUGAAAUUCGACGUAGUAAACAUGUCCGCUGUAGAAGACUUCAGGUCCUUCGGUUUCGAGGCGUCGGUGGAAUUCAUCAGGCUGGAUACGGUGUGCGAGAGCUCGCACAAGGUGCAUGGCGCUACAGGCGAGCUGAGACUGGCGGCUAUGCACCCAGCAUCGGAAGCGGAACACUGUGAACAUCGUCCGUGGCUAAUCGACCCGUCACCAGGCCGUUACCUGUACCUGCAGAUUCAAGGGAGCAUCAUAAAAGAGCCGGAGCUAGACAACUUCACUCUACUGAACAAUAUCACCGUGGCUCCCGACUUGCGACAUUUGUGCAGGACGCAGAAUAGAAUAGCAGUGUAUGCUGGUGGAUUAUCACCUAUCUUCAUUUGUCCACAACCCCCUGAAGAACAGUGGGAUGAGGCCGUAGAGAUAUUCUCCGAAGGCUGGUCGAAAGAAGUAGACGGUCUAGCGCGUCACGUAUUGGGCCCGCCGCCGUCGCCGGACCGCUUUGACCUCGACUGGCCAAGGUCUCUCUCAGUGGAACUUAUUGCGGUGGAACACGGCUCUUACUACGUGUCCUGGCUAGAACUGUCUAGAAGACACGCCAGCGAACGUGGCGGCGUAUUUGCCUUGUCCGGUGACUGCGAAUACCGCUGUGCGUCUCUAGACGCCUGCAUAGAGCCCGCGCUGUGGUGCGACGGGAUCGCGCAGUGCCCGCACGGGGAGGACGAGCGCCUGGCUCAAUGCUCCGCGUUGUUGCGAGUCCCGGCGCAUUACGCUGCGGCUAUGUUGGCGUUCGCGGUGUUGGCGGCCACCGCUGUGUUGGCUGUAGCGCGCAACUGCCGACGGCGCCGCUCCGCGCUCCAGCAGCGCCUGAAGAGCCUCUCCUCGGACACCGCCAUCUUCGACGAAAAAGAAGUGAUUUGCUGACCAAGCGAGGACUCCGUGCGAUACGUGGAAGUAGACCGCGUCACCACCGUGUGACGUGCUUCCCGCGCGGAGUCCUUAUGGGCACAUGUUGUUUCACUUUCCAUAUCGCCAGCUCUGAGGAUGGAAAUGUACUGUUGUUAAGGAGCUUUAUUUGCAGGAGGGUCAGUUAGGAACACGCAAAAGCACUAAAGCAUAUAACGCUCAAUAUUCAUGAAUGGUUUUAUUUGUCUAGUUCCAAAGAUUGUCUUUACAGGCACCGUAUUUUGGAACGUUUAGAAAGAGCGCGAGGUCACUGUUACCACACAUAGCUGCAAUGUUUUCUUGUUUUUACCCUGCGAUCAGCACUACUUACUGAGGUGCAUCCUACAUCAUUUUUGUUGCGCACUAAAACAACCCGAGUACACACAGAUUAUGACAGUGAAACCCAUUUCUGGAGACACUACAUGAUCACAGGUAAUGAACACGGACGCAAACUGAAAUAAGUACUAAAGUGAGUACCUGUACUAAUUACUAAAUUAGAACUUACUUGAGUACUAAUUUAGUAAUUAGUACAGGAGCACCCGUGUGAUAGUAAAUGUGAUGUUUGACCUAACCUCAAUAUGAUAGGAUGGAGCCUUUUUAUUAUUAUUAAUAUCACAAAAAAUAAACAAGUAGCGUCUACAUAAUUUCACUUUUGCGUUGUGUUGCUGGCUUUCUGUAAGUAAAAAUACUAUGUAUAAAUCACUAAACGCAAAGCGAUUAAGGUUCGACUUGUUGAUAGGAUUAAUGGUUGUGUAAAAAAGUAUUCGCAUUUUAAGCACUUUUCGUAUGCAGCCAAUUUUAUGGAUUAUAAAUAAUAGACGAUCUCAAUUGAUAUUGAAUAGUGAUGAUAAUGGGCAGUGUUUUCAAAAUUGAAGUGCUGAGUCCUCACAGCUGGUUCAGAGUCGAAGUUUUUAAAAAUGUAAAUACGGUUGGGACUUAAAGAUGAGAAUGUUCUUAAAUUUUGGACCAAGUGCAGUCGAUCGGUGUUUGUAACUUAAUAUAAAUAUACCUAUAAUUAUUGUUUAGAUCCCGGAUCCUUUUUAUUCGAGUUAUUUACGCAAGAGGAAAACAAUAAGUCAACGAAAAUUCAUGGUACAAACCAAGAAAAGUCAUUAAAUAUUUUGAACAAGUAAAAAAAUAUAUGAAAAUAUCUAUUUAUAUUAAAAAUACUUAUAUAUAUAAGUUUAUAUUCAAAAGCAAUGAAUUCACAUUUUUCAGUAACUGCAUGUAUUUUCAAUACAAUUUAAUAAAGAAAAAAAAAUAUCUUAAAGGGUAAAUACAUUUAAAAUUAAGACGUCAUACGAGGGAAAAUUAAACAGAUAACGCACAAUGUAUGAUGAUUCGCGGUGAGUGGCCGAUCGACUGGCACAAUUUGAGUUACGAGUUAUUGUGAUGUUUGCAACAUUUGUACAUAAAAAGUAAAUUCGUAGCAAGUAUUGUUCUCAUUCGUUAAUGUUUAGGCACAGUUACAUAACACUACAGCAAAUACACCACUCAAAACAAUAUUUCAUGGAUGUGCGUCAAUAUUAUGUUAUGAGGCAGAAUAGAUAUCGGAUAGAAGACGGUGUGAUAGUAAUUUUUCAAAACAUAUUUUUUCGUGUGGUGUGUCUGAUGUAGCAUUCUGUAAUCGGUGAUUUAGGAUUAAUAAUAUAUGAUAUCGUUACGGCAAUAAUUUUAUUUAAUGUUGUUUGAUUGGUGCAAUCGAAAUCAUACCCUGUGUUCUGAAUAACUUAAGUAGUAUUCGUAUACGUGAUAUAAAACUGCCAUUUUUAUAUAAAAUAUUGUUCGUAUACAUGUCGUUAUGAAUAUUAUAAAAAUUAUUUGUCUCGUUUGUUUUUGUAAUUCGUUUUGGAUGUCAAAUAUUGUUCUAACGUCAUUUACUGUACCUACGAAUAUUCCAAUUAUUACCAUCUUGAAAAAUCAUAGUAGAAGACUUAAUAUUGUAAUUCAUGAAAUAUCCUAUUGUAUUGGAAACGGUGUAAAUAUAACUAAGACUAUUCAUAUCUUAGAAAUGUAUUAAAGUGAUAUUGUUUGUUUCCCAGGGAAAUUAAUAAAUUUUACGAUAUCGCGUUAACUAUUAGUGAAAAUAAUGAAAAUAUAUAGCUAACUUAUUCAACUAAAUAAUAACGCUGAAAGGUUGAUUACUUAUUUAAAUCUUUAAGGAGCGUUACUAUAUAGUUGAAAAUGCUAUUAGAAAUCCAAAUAAAAAUUUGAAAAUUUUAGAUAGAGAACCAUAAAGCAAAUAUUACAGUUAUUACCUAUUUUAUUUAGUAAUAUGAGUUUAAUAUUUGAAACCCGCUUUGUUAUGAUAUUUUCAAUUAUUUCGGUUUAGGUAUCCUACAAAUAAGCUAGUGAAUUUAUUAAUUAAGGAACUAUAUAGUGACACUGGAUUAGAAAAAUGUUUGUAUCGUCUUCCAUAAUGUAUGAGAAUUUCGAUUUGUUUUUCCGUCACCUAAACUAUGAUUUAAUAUAUGUAGAUAUCAUAUACUGAAGAAAAAAGGUUCAUGACUUCGAGCGCCCAAUAAGGUCGGAAUCGCACCUGCGUCUAGAUACGGCAUUUUGACGUAAUUUAGCGAAAAAGAUCCAUCCUUUAAACAUGUUAUUUCUUAUUUAAAUAAAUUACUUUUCUUUUUGACAGAUAGUUCAAAUUGAAUUCACAGAUUUAUGUGGAUUAGUUCCUUUUCCUUAAAAUUAGUUACGUCAAUUUACCGCUAGGCUCGUUUUCUCAUUCUCAAGUUACAAGGUUCCAUGGAACUGGCCCCUGGUUAUCGACGUCAUUGUUCCAAUUAGGUUAAAAACUGGAUUGCAUAUUGCGCCCCUGAACCUAUCUUCUACUUAAAAAUAAAUCUUCUACUUAAAUUCGACCCUCUCAGCAAACACCCUAUUACCUUUUAAUACCAAAAUCGACUAAUCUGACAGAUGGAUUCAUCCGAGUUUGAAGUUACGCGACUCAAUUAUUGAUGCUUUGGAAUGCCUAUGUCAGUAAAUAAUCAGUCAAAAUAAAUUAGUAUUUAUCAAAUUAUCACCCCGUUUAAAGAGCUAUUUAAUUAUCAGUUUUUACCCAAUUUCCCAAGUAUAUGCAAUCUAAAACCCGAAAUGUUUCAUAGAGACAACACGGUCAUUAUAAUGGUAACUUUACAAAUCGACAUUAUAAUGGAAGAUAAGCCGCAUCAGGUUCACCCUGGAUGACAAUAAUGAUGGAUAAUAGCUAAGCAGAGAUACCUAAUUUCACGUUCAAAACAUUGAUUACGAAGAGUUAAAUGAUGAUAAAUAAGAAGUUUUUGAAAUAAAUUAUUUAUUGCAUGA